GGAUGGAAAAAGACAAUUGAGCAUAGAACGGGGACAUUGAUAGCAACUCGUCCCGAAAGAACAAUGGAACGCGAUUCAUAAAUAAUUCAAUUUUGGAUUGAAUAUAUGCCGAUUUGUCCCUUAAAUUGUUUUCCCAUCUGGUGCCUGAACAACCUGGACCCGUGUUUCAAGCGGUCUUUCCCGUGGAGCGGAUGUGAAUGACUGACCGCAUAUCUCAAGCCCGUUCUGUAGGGGCAUACUGAAAGUUACAGUAGUAGACCUGCGAAUAUGGAGCUCUGGCAUCCUUUUUGUUCUUUAAAGUGUUAACCACCAUACUUUGCGAAUGAAUCCGGCUGGCAGCACCAGCACACCUUCAGAUCAUCUGUAAUGGCUGUGCAAGAGCCAGUACGGACGAAAGGCUUUUUAUGCAAGCACUGUGGUAUUAAGUGUUCGAACAUGCCCAGUCUUUUGGAACACAUGGACACCCAUCUGGAGUCGGAAGAAGACCGCAAGUUCAAAUGUGAUGAAUGUGGGAGGGGCUACAGGCAUGCAGGCAGCCUGGCCAACCACAAGAAAACGCACGAGGUGGGCUCUUUUCAGUGCCCUAUAUGCGCAAGGCAGCUGUCAAACAGCUUGGCUCUCAAAAACCACCUGCGCAUCCACACCUCGCGCAAGAAGUACUCCUGUAUGGACUGCGGGAAGGCUUUUAGACUGGCAACACAGCUGGCCACUCACCAAAGGGUCCACCGCAAUAGAGAGGCCAGAGGGACGAGCAGUAGACGGGGCAGUGCAGAACAUGCCCAGGCCAGCAGCCACGAGGACCACGACGAGAUGCAUUUCGAGGAUGAGGAUGAGAGUUUCGAUGUAGUUCCCGAUCUAGAGCCCGACAUGGCUUUAGACCUGCCUAUGGAUGAUAGCUUUAGCAAUAGUGCGAUGGCAGACAUCCUCCCCGGCUCCGCCUCAAGCGACCAGGCAGCCACCGAUGAUGCCAGCGACCGUCCUUAUAAGUGCAACAUGUGCGACAAGACGUACAGACACUACGGAAGCCUGAAUAACCACAAAAAAUGCCACCAGGUGGGUACGUUUGAGUGCACCAUCUGCUUCAAGCAGUUCAACAACCUCGCUGCCCUUAGCAGCCACCAGCGCAUCCACAGCAAGACCAGAGGGCGCUCUGGCGCUGGCCCCACCCCUCCCGCUGCUGCUGCUGCUGCGGCCGCCGCUGCUGCUGCCGCCGCCACCACCACCACCACCACCACUUCAGCAGCCACUCAUGAGAGGAAGCCAGAGCAGGCCACGGGCACACAGCAGAACGGCAACGCUGUGGAUGUGCAUUUUUGUCACCUCUGCCAGGUGGCGUUCCCCAAUGACGACGAGUUUCAGGAUCACAUCCUGCUGCACAACUCCUCUUCGGUGUCCUUUGAGCUGCCUGUGAAUCUGCCAGAUGACGACGGCUUUGCGUACAGUGCCAGUCAGUCCCCUGAGUACCCUCCAUCCAGCGACACCCCACCCAUGCCUCCACUGCUGGACAAACAGGAGGACUACGGAGAGCCGGUGGGCUCCGCCGAAAACGGUCAGAUAUACAUCCCUGACCCAUUCCAGGAUGAGCCGCCCAUGCUGAACUCUCAGGGAGAGCCCACUAGUGUGGUGGCCUCGGCGGACCUCCAAGAGGACUUGCAGGAAUCCGAGUCAGCCGACCAGCAGGUGAAGGAGGAAGAGUCCUCAUCACCGGACUCAGACCGGCGCUUCAAGUGCAACGUCUGCAACAAGAGCUACCGCCAUGCGGGCAGCCUCAUCAACCACAAGCGCUCACACCAGACUGGUGUCUACCAGUGCUCCAUAUGCCGGAAGAACUACCCCCACCUUGCCGCCCUGCGCAGCCACCAUCGCAUCCACCGCGCCCAGACCUCCACCCUGAGUCAAAGCACAGAGGGCGAUUGGCUCUCGUCAGAGCCCCAGACGCUAGAGAACCAGCAGGGUGACUACCCCCUCUCGGAUGAGGAGGAGGAGGAGGAGGACGUCGGGGACAUUCUGGACCUCCCGGAGGACCUGCAGGACGAGCCCCACAUGGUGACCGAGCAGGGCCUGGACCACCGAGGCCACCAGGACGAGCAAAUGGGCUACCACGAGCAGUACGACAUGCCCUUCACCCAGGAGGGAGCAGUGCACCUACCUCACGGCGAGCACCUCAUGGAGAGGCACAUGUGCGCCGACUGCGGGAAGACGUUCGCAGACAUUGCGGGCAUCAAGUCGCAUGCAUGCCCCCUCCACCACCAGCAGCAGCAGCACGAGGCCCUGACCAACGGCUCCAGCAGCCACAUGGACUACCAGGGACAGCACCUUAUAGGAGACUCUGGCGCUCACGUUGGCUUCGAAGGGCACAGCUCAACACAGGGCUAUUACCCGGAACAUCACCAGGGCUACCACCAAAACAUGCACGGGGGCAUGAUGGGAGGCGACCAAGGCCAAGGGUUCGGCGGCGAGGUGGAGGACGAGGACGACGACUACGAUGGUGGCGGCGAGGAAGAGGAGGACGGCGAGAUGUACCACUGCUCUGUGUGCGGGAACCACUACACGAGCAUGCGGGCGCUUAAGAGCCACCUCCGCGGGCACACGCAGGUGCAAGGCACGCCCUCCAGCUCGGGUCCCUCCUCCAUGUCCUCCCUGGAGGCGGAGAAGGAGGAGGACCCUGGCGAGAGCCAGCAGGGCGACGGCAGCCUGAUUAUCUGCAGCACCUGCGGCGAGAGCUUCACCAAGAAGCAGGACCUCAUGGCUCAUCAGCUGCUGCACAGCCAAGCCGCCCCCGUUGAGGCUCUGCUGCCGCCAGCGCCCCAGCAUUAUGGCGCCAGCCAGGAGAACUCCUUGGGACCGAAACAGGAACCGGCGAGCAUCAUCUGCACGAAAUGCGGCAUCUCCUGUGUCAGCUUCCAGCACCUGGAGGCACAUCCGUGCCCAGGGCGGCGGGACAGCGACGGGGUGAAGAGCGAAGACAAGCCGGACAGUGAGCCGGUGCUCGCCAGGAAUGAACCGGGACGCCCCGAGAACCAAGACAGCGGGGACCGCCUCUUCAAGUGUGAACAGUGCGGACGGGCCUAUAGGCAUGCCGGCUCACUGCUUAACCAUAAGAAAUCCCACAAGACUGGGGUGUUCCGUUGCUAUGUGUGCCAGAAACGCUUCUACAACCUGCUGGCCCUCAAGAGUCACGAGAGGACUCACUUUGACAUCAAAAAGCACACCUGCACAGAGUGUGGCAAAGCUUUCAAAAUCCACAAGCAGCUGCAGAACCACUUGCGUGUACACGAGGAGAACAAGGCCAAGAUCCAGGAGCUCAACAAGCAGAUCCAGACCCUGAUGCAGAUGAACGGAGAGCUGGCCCAGAACGGCCUGCGCCUGCGCAAAGCCCAGAGGCGCAAGCGCAAGGAGACCCCCGCUAGAGGGGACGGAGGCCCCAGCCCAGAGAAGGAGGCCCAAGGGCCAGUGCAGUCCCCGGGAUCGCAGAACCCCAACGACCCGCGCCCGUACACCUGCAACCAGUGCGGCCGUAGCUACCGGCACGCGGGCAGCCUGGUGAACCACAAGAACUCCCACAAGACCGGCGAGUACCACUGCUCCAUCUGCAACAACACCUACGCCAACCAGCUGGCCAUGAAGAACCACCUGCGCAUCCACUUUGGCCUGAAGAAGCAUGGCUGCCAAGAGUGCGGGAAGGCCUUCCGGGGGAAGAAACAGCUGCUCAACCACCGCUGCGCCGCCAACAGGAAGAACCCUGACGCUGCAGCGACGACGAGGGUCAAAGGUCGCCAGCGGCCCAGAGAGCCAACGUGCAAGCGCUGCAGGCAGAAGUUCACCUCCGCCGAGGAGCUCAGGGCGCACGCCUGCGCAGCACCGGCGGGUGGCAGUCGUGGAGGUGGUGUGGGCCCGGCCAGCGGGCCUCGUGAGGAGCGGCCAUACAAGUGCGGCGUCUGUGGUCGCAGCUACCGGCACGCCGGCUCUUUGCUCAACCACAAGAACACGCACAAGACGGGCCACUUCAGCUGCUCGUUCUGCAGCAAGCCCUUCUCCAACCCCAUGGCGCUGCGCAACCACACGCGCAUCCACACGCAGAAGAAGAAGCACGUGUGCACCACCUGCGGCAAAGCCUUCCGCCUCUCCAGCAUCCUGCACAACCACCUGAAGAUCCACACUCGGGGGGCCUGCCACUUCAGCUGCCCCACUUGUGGCAAGACCUUCCAGGGCAGGUCCGGCCUCAAGAGGCACCGCUGCCUGAGCGGAGGCGGCGGGCGCGACCCCCGCAGGGCGGCCGUCAGCCAGGAGGGGGGCGACAAGUGCUACACGUGCGACCAGUGCGGCCGAUCGUACAGGCACGCGGGCUCGCUGCUGAACCACAAGAAGACCCACUCGUCGGACCUGCUGCACUGCUCGCUGUGCCUGCGCACCUUCACCGACCCGCUGGCGCUGGAGAGCCACUCGCAGAUGCCCCGCCACUGCUGCCCUGACUGUGGCAAGACCUUCUGCGAGUUCACCCACAUGCAGAGCCACAUGGAGGUGCACAGCAAGGGGCGCCCGCUGCCUGGCGGAGGAGCUUCUGGGUCGGGGUACCUCCACCACCCCCCUCCGCAACAACACCACCAGCAGCUGCUGCACCCUCACCACCAGCAGCAGCAGCAGCAGCAGCAGCUCCACCCCAGUCAGGCCCAGCAGGCGUACCCGCACGCCGAGGCCAUGCCCAUCGAUGAGGAACUGGACUGGGACUCGAGCAUAGACCCGAGGAUGGGGCUCCAGGGUGGCUUGCCCAAGAUGGCUCAGGCGUUUGGUCAGGUCCACGGGGGCGGCAUGGGCAGCAGCGGCGCCAGCAGCAGCGGUGGAGGCUUCCCCGGCGAGCUCCAGGAGCACGGGGAGAGCGGCGGCGGUGGCAGUGGUGCCGAGACAGAGAAGAGCCACGUGUGCGAGCACUGCGGGCGCGCCUACCGGCACGCCGGGUCGUUGCUCAACCACAAGAACAGCCACAAGAUGGGCUCCUUCUUCUGCUCGGUCUGCCAGAAGGAGUUCACCAACCUCAUGGCCCUCAAGAACCACCGGCGCAUCCACACCGAGCCCAAGCGCUACCAGUGCCUGGAGUGCGGCAAGGCCUUCCGGGUCUCCACACAGCUCAUCUGCCACCGCCGCAUCCACACCAAAGAGAAGCCCUUCUCUUGCCUGCUGUGCGACAAGCGCUUCUCCAGCAAGUCCAAUCUGCGCCACCACCAGAAGAUGCACCAGAACUCGCAGGCUUCCUACGAGGCCUCCUUCGACAUGGACCCCAACUCCUUUAUGGGACUGGGUGUGGACCCUUUCCUCUGAGCUAAUAGCCCUAUGUUUAGGGUCUGGGGGGGUGGUUGUGUCUAUAUUCUGACUACACUCUUUGUGCUCUAAGGGGAAGAUAUAUAUGGUCAUGCUCGUCACCAGAUUGCACCCCCCCCCCCCCCUCAGCUAUACUGUUAAACGGGCUGAUGCCAAUAAUUGUAAAUCAGGUUAGUCUGCUGGUCCUACUCAAGCGGCGUUCAGGUGCCCCAUCCCCCACCCUCUAGCUGCCCCUCCCCAGAGUGUCUUUGGCGGUUGGCGGGGCAGGCUUUUCAUUAGAUGCAGUCAGGCGUAGCCCCCAUUAGACUACCUCUGGUAGGGACAUUGACACUGUAAAAAGCUCCAGAAAUCACGUUGACGGUGCCUGACUGACUCGACUCACAGACUGUUUUUCUUUUCUUUAUGAGUUUGAAUGUCUUUUUUUCUGUUGUGUUCGUUUUUUUUCCAAGGAGUGUACAAAUCCUAAAGAAUUUAAUGGUACUAUCUGAACCCAUCUUACUGUAGUCUGAAGGGGGUGAAUGGUCUCAAGACCUACUGUUAUCCCCCUGUUCCCUUCAACCCCUUUACCCCCCUACCACCCAUGCUGCCUCCAGACGUAGAGUCCGACCGAUUCGAUCGCUCGUGAAACCGAACGACCUCGAUGGGAGCGCGCGACAGCCGCAGCCUGGCCAGUUGACCUGGCGACGGGUUUUAAAAACAAAAAAACUAAAAAAAAGUCAAAGGUGCUUUCACACUCGGAGCGUGGCGGCACUGGAAUACCGCAGGGUAUCCCGUUAAUCCCAGAGGAAUGUGUAAGAGCCUCUACUAGCUUGUGCGUUCCUCCAAGGCCUUCAGCUUAGCACUCGAAGUGCGAUGGGCCCAUCAGGAGACAAGGAGAGAAGGUACCGCUUUGUUAGUGUGUCGCUCAUGGGGAACUCACUUGUGCCCAGUGCUUCCUUUAGCUUCAGGUCCGUUUGGUGUUCAUCAUAGACUGUCAUUUCUUUUUUUUCUUAAAGAAUAUAUAUAUAUGUAUACAUAUAUAGAUAUAUGAGAAACAAACUCCCGUUAGCCCUCUCUGUGAGUGCAGAAUGAUUGUUGUCUCCGCGGUCUCAUUGUGGGCAGCGCUUUUAACAUGCUGUCAGACAGCAGGAACGGUUCAUGUGUGUAUCUUCCCUCCAUCCCUCCCGAGCGUUAUCUACAAGAUAUCAAGUGUAUUUAUUUAUUUAAAAAAAGACUAUUUAUACCCCACCUUUUAAUGUUUUGUAAGACUAUAUCAAGAGUCUCACCUCUGAGCAUUUUUAACUCUGGUAUUCCACGUGCAUGUUUCGGAUGUGCUCUUAAAUCCACUUCGGAUUGAUUGUAAAUGAAAAUCAUGACGCCUUGGUAGUCUAGAGAAUGGCUAAGUCCCAACUAAAACACAUCUUUCAGAACAUUUCAGAUUGGUGUCUUUUGCAAUAAUAUUAGUAACAUGAUAAUGAUUAAUAAUAACAAUAAUGGUAUUGUUAAGUAUUUUUCCCGCAGUGCGUAUUUUAAAAAGACUCUGUUGUACUAUAUCACUGUUCUUUUUUUUAUUAUUUAAUCUUGUGCAAGUAUUUUUCUUUUCUUCACAAAACUAUUACUGUCACGCACAAGAUGGAAAAAUAUGUAUGUAUCUUCAAGUGUUUGUGACGACCUCACAGCUGUCUGUGGUGGUGUUGUGCUUUAGACAUCCAUGAUCGGUCGGGCUCUAUCAUUAGCAGGACACCAAUGGAAAAGGGGACUUGUAAUUUCAAUACUGCUCAGGUUUCACACCUUAUUAAGGAGAAAAAAAACAACAUAACAUAAAAUGUAAAAACAUUGUAUUUGGUUAUAUAAGUAUAUAUAAAUAUAUAUAAACAAGACUUCUGUUCGGUUCUCACCCGAGACGCACAAAGCAUCAUGUGACAGAUUCUGCGAAAGAUGGCGACGCCAGGCUGCAUUUCUUACAUGUGCCAUUUCCUACCAUUGUACUCUAAUUAAAGUUGCUAUUAAUAGUUUCCAUUCUAUGCCUAUAUUCAUGUGCUUACUGAUUUUAUUUAAGAAUAGGAGUUCAACCCUUUGUGUAUCAAUGGCUUCAAGUGCAUUUCAAACUUCAAUAUAAAGAACUGACUUCUGAAAUGUUAAUUGAGACCUCUCUUUCUCUCUAUCUCUGCAAUCAGUUGCAUAUAUCUUUAAGAAAAUAUACAAAAUAUUUAUUUUUGUUCUUUUGUUGAUCAAUGUUUUCUCUUUCUUGAGUAGAGGACUUGCAAAUAAUGUUUAUUUGUAGACGGUCAUGCCCUCACUUUCUUGAAAUAAAAUAAACACAGUGUAAAGACCACUUC